CCGCCUUGUGCAUCGUUUGCAACGGUCAUGGCACCCUCGUCGUCGUCUGGGGCGGCGACUUCGGUCCAAGUCGCCCUCCGGAUAAGACCCCCUACCAAUCAAGACUCGACCUCCAUCCCCAGUCGAUUCCAGCGCUCCGUACUCCAUGCAACCUCCUCCACCUCCGUAUCCGUAGACCCGACAUCUGGACCACCUAAUGGGGGACCCUCCCCUGCAGUCUCCGCAGCCUCAGCAGCAGCGGCGGGCAAAAAGCAGGUCUUCUCCUUUGACAUGGUCCACGGCCCACCAACGACGCAACAUGAGAUGUUCGUGUCGACCGCCUACCCGAUGAUAUCUCGCUUUCUCGAAGGGUUCAACUGUACUAUCCUGGCAUAUGGCCAGACGAGUAGCGGCAAGACGCACACCAUGACCGGUAUCGACUUGGACAGCGACCCCUCAGAUCCCAACAACGGGAUGGGAAUCAUCCCCCGCUCAGUCUCUACGAUCUUUACCUCGGCCAGGCAGCUCAGGGAAGACCGUGCUGGCGCUUGGACAUAUACUAUCAAGGCGUCUUUCAUCGAAAUCUACAAUGAGGACCUCAUCGACCUUCUUGUCGACGACAAUGGCGGCGUGCGGCGGGAGGUCCAAAUUCGGGAGGACAAGGAUGGUCACAUCAUCUGGGGUGGUCUGCGAGAGGUGACAGUAAAAAAUCCUGCAGAAGUCCUUACGCUCAUUCGAAAAGGUUCAUCCAUCCGACGCACCAACGAGACGGAUAUGAAUGCUCAAUCAUCCCGUUCACAUGCCAUCUUCUCCCUCACUCUCAUCCAGAAAAAGUUCGCCGGUUCAGGUCCUCCGCCACGAUCUUCUUCACCUCUACCCGCCAAUGGCCGCUCUCCGUCCCGGCUCGCCCGACCAGGCUCUAUGUACGCUGGUGGUCCCUCAAGUCGUGUCGCAUCCCCCACAGGCGGACGUCCGUCCACUCCUAGUUUCGCCUCUGCAAUGAAUCGCGGAAGCGGACUGCGACCCUCAAGUGCCAUGGGCCACAACACUGAACGAGCGAGCGUGGACGAUGGGGAUGGUGAAUGGGUCACCAUCACGUCUAAGUUCCACUUUGUCGACUUGGCUGGUUCCGAGCGACUCAAACGCACAGCAGCUGCUGGAGAACGUGUCAAGGAGGGCAUCUCCAUCAACAGCGGACUGCUCGCUUUGGGCAAUGUCAUCUCGGCCCUGGGCGACCCGUCGCGGGCGAAAACGCACAUGUCACACGUCCCGUACCGAGACUCGAAGCUUACUCGGCUGCUGCAAGACUCUCUCGGCGGCAACGCGCAUACCUUAAUGAUUGCUUGUGUGAGCCCAGCGGAGUGGAACGCAAACGAAACGAUCAACACCUUGAAAUACGCUAAUCGGGCGCGGAACAUCAAGAACAACGCCGUCGUGAAUGCGAAGGAAGAUGGGUGGGACGACGUCGAAUGGCUCCAGGGUACUGUGCGGCGACUGCGAACAGAGCUCAAGUCGCUUAAGGACGGAGGCUCCAUCUCUAUCCCUGUCGCUGCACCGGAAUCCAACGCAGUCGAAGGUGCAGGAAAGAAGGUGUUGGCGCAGAUGACCGAGCUGCAGAACAACUACGAAGAUCUGCGAGAGAAGUUCGUUGAGCGAACCGAGGAACUGACACGACUCCGUCGGGAGUUGGGCGAAAGACACCGCGGCAGCACGGGUGGAGCCAUCCCUGGCACUGGCAAGUACGAGGAGAUCGUUGGGCCGGUCAUUGAGGAAUACGAGAAGACCAUCUCGGCGAUGGAGGCCGAAUUGACUCUGAAUCGUGCUGCGUUGCGCCAUACCAAUGAGAUGGUCGAAGAGAAGGAAGAUGAACUCUCUGCCAUUACGGAACGUCAUUCUGCUACAGAACUUUACGUUGAGGAGUUGCGAGCUCGGGUAGCUAAGUUGACGGAACGGGAAGCUUCGACUGAGGCUUAUGUGCGAGAUCUGGAGGAGAAGAUGAAGUCUUACGACGAGACUUCGAUCACCUCCAGUGAAUCCAUGACUGAUCUGAAACGAGAGGUCAUCCGCUAUCGCGAUUCCGAAGCGCACUCCGCCAAAUACAUCGCCGAUUUGGAGGCCAGACUUGCGCGCACGGAUGAAUCGGUGCUCGCACUGCAGCAGACGAUCGAGAAGCUCGAGUCGGAAUGCGACCGUCGCCGUGACGAGGUUCAGCAGCUUCAAUCUCGACUGGAAGCUUUACGUAACGAUGGCGACAAUUGGCGUCAUGAUCUGGAAGAUCGGGAGAAAAAAGUCCGUGAACUGGAGGAGAAGAUGCAAGAAUGGGAAGCAAGGAAACAAGAAGCAGCGGACGCUCGGGUUCGCUUGGGGGCUGUUGUCGAUGAAGUGGCUACUGCUCGCAAGAGCUUGGAACUGAAUGUCGUCAACGGACACCCCCAUGUGAAUGGUGCCUCAACCCCUGACGAUGCAGAGACACCUUUGGCAUCGGCCGUUCCUGGCGAUGCGGAGGAGAAACAGACCAUUCCUUCCCCUGCCGUCAUCGCCGAAAGCUCGAAAGAGAUUCCAGAGAACUCGGCGGCUGAGCGCCAGCUGCUUGCGUUGCAGCAAACCCAUACUGCGACAUUGGCCGAUCUGUCCUCCAUGACCGACAAGUAUCGGGAUGCUCUACGGGAGAUUUCGGAUCUCGCCGCACAGAUUCAAGAGGCCAAGCUCAGUGGCUCCUCGGCUGAGCCGGUGCCCCCAGAGUCACCAACGACGGUGGAGACGCCUGUUGAACGGCCCUUGGACCACUCGCCUGGGCCAUACCGGCGUCGUAUGACAGGAGGGCGAUCACGUGAAUCGUCCAUGGGCGAGCCUCAAAUCAACUCUGCAGGCCGCCGCCUUUUUUUCCGGCAAGCGGCCUCGGCAGAAUCGCUCCAUGCGAGGUCGCUUUCGCAAUCGCAAUCGCUAUCACAGGAGCUAUCCUCGGCGCACUCGCGCAAAACUUCCUUUUCAACCAGUAGUUCGCAUUCGCCAUCAAAUUCCUACUCGUCGUUCCUGGCUCCGCAUUCGCGUCCGAAUUUAUCCAUUACUCUCCCUCCGCCCGUCAUGUCGCCAGGCCUCAACGAGCGUUCGGUGAGCAGUUUAGAGAAGGAGAUCAUGAGAUUGCAGGAGGUUUUGAAGGAGCGGGAAGCGGAGAUUGCUGUGCUGGAGGUGUCGUUGAAGGAAUCGCAGACGCUAACGCACGGCGACGCUACUGCCAUAUCCGCCAAUGGCACGGCCUUCUCGGGUGCUGCGACGGAACCUGUCGCUUCUCCCGGUUCUGCCUCGUCACCAACGUUGGCUGACUUGCAUCUUUCCCCCAAGACCAUCAGCCAGUUUGACAAUAUCCGCAAGAUCAUGAACCACGAACCACCGAGGAGUGCGACGAGCGACUCGGAAUCGGAUCCAAACGACCGUUCUGUGUUUUCUGAGCCGGACGAGUCGCUUGAGCGAUUGAACGAGCUGAUGCUAUCCAUGGCCGCUAAAGAGUCUGCACAUCGGGAGAUUGUUGAUAGCCUCAACACCCAGCUUGCCCAGGUCCGCCGACAACAUGAUGAUCUGACUGCCCUUUCGCGUGACCAGGCCUCAAACAUGUCCACUGAGAUCGAAGUACUGCAGACGAAGCACAGCGACGUCGUGGCGUCUCUUGAGCAAGCCAAGGAGCGUGAAGCUGAACUGGUUGACUCGCUAGACAAAGCUGUGCAAAGCCACCAAGUGGCGCUCGAACAGUUGGCCACCCAGCUCGACGAGGCCCGUACCGCCCACGACGCAGCGGUUCAGCAGCAUGCAAAGCAGAUGCAAGAACGCGAAACUGCUGCGAGCGAGGUGCUUGCCGACGUGCAGAAGCAACACGAGAGCGCUGUGAACAGGCUAGCUUCCGAGCAUGCUGAGGCUCUGAAGCAGAAAGAGGCCCAAGCCUCUGCUGCCUUGCAGACGACGGAGGAGGAGUACUACAAUGCUCUGACGAAACUCCGUGCGGAUCAUGCCGCACAGGUCGAGACCCAUUCCGCGGAAACUGCUGCUGCUCUGGAUCGUCUCCGGGAAGAACAUGCCAGCCAGUUACGGAUUGCUGAGAUUGCACGGGAGGGGUCGCUAUCCGAGUCGCAGUCGUCCAAGGAUCUCGCGUUGAAAGAGCUGCAAGAUGCCCAUGCUGCUGCGGUUGCCACGAAGGAGGCCUCAUUCGCUGAAGAGCUCAAGGAUCUCAAGACUGAGCACAGUCGCGCGCUGACCACCAAGGAGGAAGAUCACGCUCUGGAAAUGGACAAGUUGCGGUCGUCACACGAUGGGCUCCUGGCCAAGCUGAAAGAGGAGUGGCGCGUCGAGGCCGAGCAGCUCAAUUCCGCUUUGGCUGCCAUCAAGGAGGAAUCGAGCCAAGCAGCGGCGAGAUCGAGUUCUGAGUUGGAGAAGACUGUCCAAUCGCAUCAAGAGGGUCAAGCUGCACUUUUGAACGACAUCGAACAGUCUCAUGUCCAAGAACUUGCCAAGCUCGAGGCUGACCACAAGUCCGCUCUUGGUGCUGCCUCGACCAAGGCUGAAGAAGCCGCGGCUGCUCUGGUUGCGAGUCAUGCCCUCGAGAUGGCUUCGCUGAAGACCCAGCACGAGGAGAGCAUUACUGAACUCAACAACUCUAUCGCUGAGAUGCAGACUCAGCACCAAGAUGCAUUGGAGGGGUUGAGAACGCGCCACGAACAAGCACUUUCUGACGAACGGAACCGACUUAACGCAACUUUGGAGCAGCUCAAGUUGGAUCACGCCAAGGAGAUUGAGACCUUGCGCAAGGACCGGGAUCUGCUUGCCAAGGAGAUCGACUCUCACAGGUCGGCUUCGGAACAGACGAGACGGGCUCAUCAGCGGACUAUGACCGAGGAGAAGACUGCGCAUGAGCAGAGUUUGGCGGAGAAGACGAGCUGGGUAACUGGUCUGGAGAGUCAGCUUUCGACCAUGGGUGCCGAGCUUGCUGAGAAGACGGCUCGGGUCUCUGGAUUGGAAAGCCAGCUGUCUGCCGCGGGUUCUGAGCGUGCCGAGUUUGAGGCGAGGGUCUCUGCGCUUCAGGCCGAACUUGAACAGGCCAAGAGCGAUCACUCCGGAGCGCUUGAGAUGAAGCAGUUCGAGUCAGAGCAUCAGUUGACCGCUUUGCGGGCGGAGCUGGAUCAAGCCAAGAGCGAGCACUCGUCCUCUCGAGGUGCACUGGAUUCCGAUAUAGCAGCCUUACAACUCAAACAUUCCGAAUCCGACGCUCGCGUGACGAUGCUGGAAGCGGAACUGGAGCGAGUCAAGAGCGAUCAUUCUUCUGCGCAGGGUGCGCUCGAUACUGAUCUGGCGGCGCUGCAAGCCAAGCAUUCCGAAUCUGAGGCUCGGGCGGCAGCACUAGAAGCUGAAGUGGCGGAACACUCCUCUGCCCGGGGUGUCCUCGACUCUGAUCUGGCUGCUCUGCAAGACAAGCAUGCUGCGUCAGAGGCGCGGACAUCCGCGCUCGAAUCCGAAUUGGAGCAGAUCAAAUCGGAGCAUUCGUCUUCUCGCGAGGCCCUCGAGGCCGAGCUGGAGCAGCUGAGGAUGUCUCACUCUCAGAUUGGAACUGAACGGGAUCACUUCGAGUCCGAGAUGAUGCGACUUCGCGCCGAGCUGGAUCGAACGCGCAACGAGCAGUCUGCUCUGAUCCAGGAAGCGUCGAAACGCGAGUCACUCGUUCGAGAGCUCGAGCAGCAUCAGUCGGUGCUUGCUGACAUGCAGGACAACUUGCAGCGAGUCAAGGACGAGAAGGAUGUGCUGCAGACGGAGAAGAGCAAGUCCGAGUCGCUGAUUCGGGAGUUGCAGGCGCAGGUGCUUGCCCGCAGUUCCUCGCCGCCCAAUGGGCGACCGGGCAAUGAGCGGUCGUAUUCGAGGUCAACGAUGCCAGCAAUGAAGCUUCCGCCGCCGACACCACCGCCGUCCGUCCCGCCACCUCCAGCACCUCGAACGAAUGGCGACGCCACGUAUAGCACAUCGUCGCAUGGGUCGUCAUCGAGAGAUUCUCAGCCCGACAGCCCUUUGACGUCGAUCGGACCCUCUCUGAAUAGCGUCGACACUUCCAAAUCGACCGCUAAGAUCGAGGCGCAGGCGAAGCAGCUCGACGAGCAGGAGGUGAUGAUUAAAACUCUGAACAAGCAGCUCACACACUGCGAGAGUGAUCUCCAGACGCACAUGGAUCUCGUCAGCACCCUGGAGACGUCACUCGGUGACUCGGAGAAGAAUCUCCGCAAAGCUCGAAUGCAUGCAACCGAGCUCGCAAGAGAACGAGACACCCUGAAUAGCAAACUAGAAUCGCUCCGGGGUGAACUGGACACGGCCAAACGGGAGGUUGUGUCCGUGCGGAAUUCCGUUGUGCAGGAGAAGCAGUCGUUGGAGCAGCGAUUAGAUGAGGAGCGGAAGGCCAAGGAGCGGGCGAGACAGCAGAUGGAUAUGCGCGUGGAUGAGUUGCAGAGGCGGAAAUCCAAGUUCUCCUGCCUAUAACCGCUUAUCCGAGGGCCCUCCUCUCAUCAUCCCAUGCUCGUUGCUUACGUCUGUCACGCCCCAUAGUGUUAUGGCUGGCGCUCACGCUCAUUCACGUAUUCUUAUCUGUUUCCGGUACCUUAGCGUUUUACAAUAGCUGCAGUUUUCUCCUGCUUCAUACCCUAGUAACACUGUGACUCUGUAUCUCUCCACUAUGUCUUAGGAUGCCUAUACAAGUAUAUUCACA